CCUAAAACCCUAAUUUUUGUUUCCUCAAUCUCUCUUUACCUGCAGCCGCCACCCGCACUCUACUCCUUUGUACUUCUUCUACUCCUGAUACCAUUUUUGCAGAGAGAGAGAUGGGCGAAGAAGUGAAGGCGGCGCCGGUGGUUCCGGAGUCAGUGUUGAAGAAGAGAAAAAGAGAGGAGCAAUGGGCCCUUGCUAAAAAGCAAGACCUUGAAUCUGCCAAGAAGAAGAGCUCCGAAAACCGCAAGCUGAUCUACAACCGGGCCAAGCAGUACGCCAAGGAGUACGAUGAGGAGCAAAAGGAGUUGAUUCGAUUGAAGCGCGAAGCAAAACUGAAGGGUGGGUUUCAUGUAAACCCAGAGGCCAAGCUGUUGUUCAUCAUCAGGAUUCGUGGAAUCAAUGCUAUUGACCCAAAAACUAAGAAGAUUUUGCAGCUUCUUCGAUUGAGACAGAUAUUCAAUGGUGUGUUCUUGAAAGUAAAUAAGGCCACAUUGAACAUGCUUCACAGGGUUGAACCCUAUGUGACCUACGGGUAUCCUAAUUUGAAGAGUGUCAAGGAGUUAAUCUACAAGAGGGGUUAUGGGAAACUUAACAAGCAGAGAACUGCUUUGACUGACAAUUCAAUUGUUGAACAGGCUUUGGGCAAGUUUGGAAUUAUCUGUGUGGAGGAUCUUAUCCAUGAAAUCUUGACUGUUGGGCCUCACUUCAAGGAGGCUAACAACUUCCUUUGGCCAUUUAAGCUUAAGGCCCCUCUCGGUGGUCUGAAGAAGAAGAGAAAUCACUAUGUUGAAGGUGGUGAUGCUGGAAACCGUGAAGACUAUAUCAACGAGCUCAUCAGGAGGAUGAAUUAGAUUUAUGCAAGUAUUCUUCUUUUUGAAAUUUUGAGGUGUUCACUUCUUUUAUUUUGCGUCCAUCAACUUUAUAAGACUUAGUUCUCCUAUUUCGUCGUGAAAUCUAAUUAGUGAUAUCUUUACAAAA